AUGGUCCGAUCUGAUGUUCACCUUCUUGAUCUACCUAAUGAAAUCUUGCUUAUCAUUUUCAGAAAACUCAAUAAUGUUGAUGUGCUUUAUUCACUUUCGGAUAUUAAUAAUGAAAGACUUGCCAUUUUAGCACAAGACAAGAUUUUUACAAAUAUUCUCAAUUUUCUAUCGGCAUUGACUGAUGAUAUUUAUUUGAUUCCUGCCUCAAUACUUGAUCGUUUCUGCUCCGAUAUAUUGCCAAGAGUUCAUCACAAUGUGAAAUGUCUCAUUCUUGACUCAACAUCUAUGGAAAAAAUUCUUCUCGUUGCUGAUUAUCCUUAUCUCAACCAACUGAAACUCUUCAAUUUUAACCAAGACAUCUGUUCAAGUUAUUUUACAGAUGAAUCGUCCUUUCAACAUAUUUCCCGACAACAAAUUACUGACCUUAGUCUUAUAUGUAAUGAAGAUAUUAGCAAUAUAUCAGUGAAGACUUACGCUAAAAAUGUGUAUAUACAUCUUUUCACUUUCUUCAAAAAUUUAACCCAUUUGAGUAUUGUUGGAUUAUCGAGGGACCAAUGUCAACCUUUGUCACUUUCAGACUUGCCAUCAACUACUUUUUCUUCUUCAACUCUUACAAAAUUAUGCAUCAGUCUGAAUACAUUACAAGAUUGUCUUUCUUUACUUGAUGGUCGUCUCAAACAGUUGUCAACAUUCAUUGUUAGUGUUCAUGGUAGAGAGAAUCAUCCAACGUUUGGUCACAAUAUGGAUGAUCUACCUAAUCUGAAGUGUUUCUCAUUAACGUAUAAUUUUAUUAAAGUUUAUGAUGCACAAGUUAUACCUCUUCUUCGUCGUAUGUCACAUCUUAAAGAAUUAACUCUAUAUCUUUCCAUUGAAAAUCGAGCUGUAUUCGUGGAUGGCACACAUCUUUAUAAUAAAAUUCUUAUUCAUAUGCCACAGCUUCGUACAUUUACCUUUUAUAUUCGUACUGAGAUUGAUGUUGAUAAUUCAGUUCAUUGGUUAUCUAGUAACGAUAUUCAACAAACUUUUAAUAAAUUACAAUGGCAACAAGUGGCUUGUAUCGUAAACUACAGCUGCGGCACAGGCAUAUGCCAUGUCUUUUCGCUUCCGUUUUCAUUUGAUCGUCUCGACUAUAUUGGCAAUACGUUUCCACAUAUUACUUUCAAUCGUGUUACUUUUUUGAAGGUGUUAGACUCAGUUCAUUUGAAACAUGAAUUCUUCAUUCGGAUCGCACGAGCAUUCCCAAUGCUUAAGGAAUUUAUGGUUUUGAAUUGUAGAUCACCGCUUUGGUUCUUGGAUAAUAAAACAAUACAACUUCCAUAUAAUCAAUCACACUCAAUAGUUGAAUUUCCGCAUCUUACAUCACUUAACGUCAGGCGUGCAGAUGUGUAUUAUGUUGAACAAUUUCUUCAUGCUGCAAAGACAUAUUUACCGCGUCUAACCAAAUUAGAGGUAGAUUAUACUAGUUUGGUAACUGUGACAGACAACUUCACAAGAGAUGCAACGCGAGCCAAUUGUGCUAAAGUGAAAUGGCUAAUUCUCGAGGACAUACUCGUGCAUUCAAGCGAUGUUCAUCUUUACUUUCCUUCGUUGUAA